AUGGAUAAGAAAAUUAAAGCAGUGCAACUGAAAAAGAGGAUCGCCCUGGAGAACAUAAAAUCGCUGGAACGGUUCCAGGCGAAAUAUUCGAGUGAUGAUGCCAAGCAGAUUCCGGAGGUGUUAGAAGAUCUGGCGAAACAUAAGGAAGAGUUUUUCACCGCAGUUUCGAAACUGGAAGAGCUUGAAGAUAAAGACGAAGCGGUCGAAGCCAGCAUAAUGGAACGGAUCGACAUUGAAGAACGCUGUCGCAAGCUAAAAUCAUUUCUACGGGAAAGACAGCCAAAGGAAGAAGAUCGCUUCAUCGCAAUGAUCGACGCUUCAGCCGAGCUUCCAUCUAUCGCGAAGCUACAAUACUUACUGUCAUCGUUGAAGGGGGACGCGGCGGUACCCUUCGAGCAUACACCUUUAACGGCGGACAACUAUUCGGUUACCUGGGCGGCGCUUCUUAAACGGUACGACAAUUCUCGUCUUUUGAUUCGCGAAUACUAUCGCAAAUUGCACUACCUUCCGGGAGUGCAAUUGGUGUGCGUUGACAAGCUCACGCACCUGGUGGAUGAAUUCACCCGCUUCGUCAACGGGUUGAAAAAGCUGAACGAACCGGUUGACUCGUGGGACACACCCCUCUCAAACAUGCUGCUGAUGAAGUUGGAUCGAGAGACAUUGUUGGCUUGGGAGAAACAUUCCGUGCACUUCACGACGGACAAAUAUAAGGAUGUGAUCGACUUCGUGCAAGAUCGUAUCCAAAUCUUGAAAUCGACCAACAACUUCGUGAAGGAUCAAGCAGCUAGUGGUAUCAAGGUGGCCGGUCUCAUUCGUCAACCAGGGCAACGGAGAUUCAUCGCGAAUGCAGCUACAUCUCGCUCGGCUCCUGCUGCAUCGACUGCGCACACCCAACAGCCAAAGUGUCCAUUGGAGUGUUCCGAAGACCACACACUGCGCAACUGUCCAGUGUUCAUCGCCAAGGAGGUCCAACAGCGACGGGACGUCGUCGCAUCGAAGCGGCUGUGCUGGAACUGUUUGAGCAGCAAUCAUCAGGUUAGAGCGUGCAAGUCGGAUUAUUCGUGUCGCACGUGUCGUGAGCGUCAUCACACACUUCUACAUCAUUCACCACCCUAUGCUCCACCCGCAACGGUAACAUUGUCAGCUCAGUCGAAUGAAGACAAUGUGUUUCUGGCGACGGCAAACAUCCAGAUCAAGGAUGACUACGGGAACACCCAUGAAGCAAGGGCGUUGUUGGAUUCGGGAUCCAUGUCGAAUUUCAUCGCUGAGGAGUUCGCACGGAAACUGCUGACGAGUCGCAAAAGGGUCAACGUCGCUGUAUCGGGCAUCGGCAAUGCAGUACAGCAGAUCAAGGGUUCCAUCGUCGCUACCGUUCAGUCCAAGACACAACCCUUCGCAACGGAGAUGACUUUCUUGGUUCUGGACACGCCAUCCGCAAACAUCCCUACAUCACCAACGGAUGUCUCUUCAUGGAAAAUGCCGGACGUGGCAUUGGCGGACAGCACCUUUAACAGUCCGGGGCAAAUCGACAUCGUCAUCGGAGGCGAUACGUUCUGGGAGCUCCACACCGGUCGCAAGUGCUCUAUCGGUAGAGGCAAACCGUGGCUGGUCGAAACCCACUUUGGUUGGGUUGUCACCGGCAACACUCAUCAUUCGUCAGUCGGUCCGCGGCUGUGCCAUCUAUCUGCAUACGACACCCCACUGGAGGAGACCAUGCAGCGGUUCUGGGAGAGUGAAACCAUAGCCGAGGAUCCUGUGCUAUCGGUUGAGGAGAAUGCUUGCGAGAAGCAUUUCGCAGCAACAACUGUUCGCAACUCAAGUGGAAGGUAUGUCGUUAGUUUGCCAUUUAACUCCAACCCUAAUAUCGUUUUAGGAGAGUCGAAGGAAAUAGCCGAUCGCAGACUGCGUUCUAUCGAACGGCGGUUGAACACCAAUGCUAAAAUGAAAGAAGAGUAUGUGAAAUUUAUGAAAGAAUAUGAGCAUUUGGGGCAUAUGAAGCGGCUUACCAGUCCUGCAAACGAUUCGGUAGAGCAUUACUACCUCCCACAUCACGCUGUCGUUAAAGAGUCAAGCACAACCACGAAGGUGCGUGUCGUGUUCGAUGCAUCCUGUAAGACUUCGAGUGGUUACUCAUUGAACGAUAAACUCUUAGUGGGACCAGUCGUUCAAGAAGAUCUUUUAUCGAUUAUCCUUCGGUUUCGUUCUCGUGCCAUUGCUCUCACUGCAGACGUAGAGAAGAUGUAUCGGCAAAUUUUACAUAGCCCUCAUGACCGUAACUAUCUACGCAUCCGGUACAGAGAACAUCCUGCAGAUCCUAUAUCGACCUUUGAGCUACAGACGGUUACGUACGGCACAGCCUCUGCUCCAUUUUUGGCAACCAGGACCCUCAAACAGAUUGCUCUUGACCACAAGGAAGAGUAUCCUUUGGCAAUGAACGCGGUCAUGAACGAUUUUUACGUAGAUGAUUUGCUACGGGUACCGAUGAUUUGUCCGAAGCAAUCGUUAUACAAAGGCAAAUCUCAGACAUGCUAA